GACGGCAGCAAUUAAUUAGACGUUCCCCGGUGUUCACCAUCGUCACACAAUGGAACAAUUAGUAGCAUCACAUGGGGGACGACGUGAGUUGAAGAGGACCGGGGAAUGGGACUGCGUGAGUGUAGAAGGUUGAAGUGUAUAUAACGCGUGAAAACGUCACUUCGGUCUAGACAAGCUGCGAUUCAGUACUCGCCAGGAUUCGGCGGAUCUCCUAGCUACACAGUAUUACAGAGUGCUGACUGCGCAUGACAAUGUUGACAGCCUGUACCAAGAUGCACCAUCCAGAGUCAUCGCAACUGUUCCAGAUCGCCGGUUGGACGAUGUCUGAACACGAUCAACGCGCACUGUCUCGUGCGGGCGGAAAUCGAGGCGAUCCUGGUCUGCAACUGCAAGAGGAUCCCCAUUUUACUCAAGGAAAAAUCGCAAAAACGCCGAGUUUGCCCACACAUAGCAAUGCUGUGAGGCAACAGCCGAUUCCAUUGGGUAGAGGUCUCAAUCAUGCUGCUGACUCCAUCAUUUCUCACGAGGUCAGCCUGACUGCUAGAGGCUCGAGGUCGUCCAUGUCUCUCAAUCCGAAAGCGGAUGAUUUGACGCGCGAGAGUACUCGAGUGAAACUGGAACAGUUGAGAAUUGGUCAAGGUGGUCACGUGUCUCCUCUCGAUGAUACACGGUUUGCAACACAGUCGGAGGACGAGGCUGCUUCUGUUCGGUUUGAGCUAGAAGCUGCUAGAGAAACGAUUCAUCGUCAAAUAUUUGCUAUCAAUGAUUUGAAAGAGCAACUCGAUGAGAGAAUGCUUCAACCACAUGUUGCUAGACCGAUGGUCGAGGCGGGAACUCAGACUGAUGGGUCUGGAGACUCGGGGCUUUGUCAUACAUCCAUUCAUUCAUUGUCUAGACAGAGGAGUCUAGAACUGGAGGGCAGGAAGGAAUGUGUUAGUGUUGACAGCCUUCUCUCACCAACCCAACCCGAUUUAGUACUUGAUGCGACUCCUCCCAAUACACUGUCGUAUUCUGAUUUGACAGCAGAAUUGAAGAAGGUUUACGAAGAAAAUGCUGGUCUGCGAGAGAAGCUAGAGGAAUCAACUAAGCAAAUAGCUUUAGUAAAGGAAGAACUUCAAAUGAAAGUGAACAAUCUGAUGAGAGAACUAGAGAAGAAACGAGAUGAGAACAGGCAGUGGAGAGAGCACGCGGAAUCUCUAGAAUCUAAGAGGAUAGCAGCUCAACAGGAUUCGGAUUCUUUGAGAGAAAAGUUUCGGGAUCUAUAUGAGGAAUCUGAAAGGGAAAGAGCAGUGAACACCCAAUUGCGACAAGAAAUUGGGCAAGGAAAGUCUGAAGCUCAACGUUUACAAAGACAGUUGGGAUACACUAUAGCAGAGAAAACUGAUUUGCAGGAGCAAUUGAAUACAACAAAAACGCAACUGUCGGAGAAAUGUAGGCAAGAAGUUAGUCAGCAGGAUAUUAUUCAAUGUUUACGUACCCAGUUGCAGGAGUUGAGACAAAAGCAACAACAGUCUCAUGACAAUGCAUUACAACUAGAAGUUUCUGCUCAAUCUCAACGACGUAACCUCAACCCUCUCGGUUUUAGUGACUAUCGUGCUCCUUUCCCCCAACUUGUUAGCCACUCACCGACGUCUCUAGAUCACCCACGUGGCGUUCCACAAGCUAAUGAUAUUCAUUUUAGAGGAUUAGCAAGAGCUAGUGUAAUUCCUCAGUUGAAAGCAAUAGAAACAAAAUUGUCAAGUGAAACAUCAGCAGAAAAAGACAACGAAGUGCGUCCAGUGUGGCAUGUCAAGGAAGAAAAACCUACCACCUCAAAAGCACCGGAAAAUCCUGACAAACAACCCCAACUUUUUGCUAUAGCACAAAGCGACAGCGGACACGACACUGGCGACUCAUUCAAAAUGCCUUCCGGUUUGGCAGCCGACCAAUAUGGACCGCUUCAAGCGUGGCUAAAAAAGCAAAACAUGAAACCCGCAUUUGGAGGAACAUACGCAACUCAAAUCGAUUCUACACCCACCCAACACGCGACUGAGAGGACUCAACACUUACCAGGCAGUCUGCAUCCUUCACCAGGCAGUCUGCAUCCUUCACCAGGCAGUCUGCAUCCUUCACCAGGCAGUCUGCAUCCUUCACCAGGCAAUCUACGUCCUUUGGUGUCUUUACAAUCAAACGCUCCAACAUUUCAGACGAUUGAGUCAAUUCCUAAGUCAUCUAUGGGGACCUUCCAGCCACCUGUACCGCGAAUGUCGGUAGGGUUGAUGAACUCACCUCACAGUCAAGCUUCCUUCUCACCUCUUGUCGACACGACGAGACCUCGCGCUCCCGCGCCCAUGGCGGAGUUUCAACCGCUUAUGAUGGCACGGAGCGUGCACGGUGGACAGACAGAAAUUCCGUCUACUUCGUAUGCUCAGCAACACGCGCAGCUCGGAAUGCAGUCACCAGUGCGUAGCCUAUUGUCGCUGAAGCCUCCAGACCGUUUAGCUUGUGCACCACCGGUUACUAUUCAAUCUAGCACUCCGUUUAGUCUUCAGACGAUGGGAGCGUCGGUUAGUGAGCGGUCGAUGGUGCCGCGGUAUCUCAAGUGUCCACAGUGUGAUCGCAAGUUCGACUCUCGAGAUAUUACGUCAUAUCGCGAACAUUUGGAGAAGUGUUUAGUCUAGAGUGGAGACGUUUGGUUUUCUAGUAGGUUUUGGCGUUUUACAAUGAAAGUAAAGUCUAGAGGCAGUAGACUUUCUAAAUCUAUAUAUUCAUAUUUACAGAGAGAAACAGUACAGUACUAGCGAAACUGACAAAUUGGGUAUUCGUAAUUAUUUAUUUAAGUUAAGUGAAGUGGUCGAAUGACUCGUAUCUGUUGUACUGUUUCAUAAAGAAGAGAUAUAAAACAAAUAUAUAUAUAUAUAUUUUGCUCUAAA